GAGCAUUCGGGCAAAUCUCAUCUGUCAAGAUAACCAAUAUUUCUGAAGAAACAUUAUCCUGCACAUACUGUCAGUGGCACUGGAAUGUGGAGUGAUAUCAUGCGGGUACUCGCGUUGCUUCUCGCAGUUAAAGCGGCAUGUGUUCUGCUGGUGUCCUCACUCACUGGCACAGGGGCAGUGAACAACAGCGGCCGGUGGUGGGGCAUCGUGAAUGUGGCAUCCUCAGGCAAUCAUCUCACCAACUCCAAAAAUGUGCAGCUGGUACUGGACCCCAGCUUGGCACUUCUUAACCGUAGACAGAGAAAACUGAUCAGGCAAAACCCUGGCAUCCUACAUGCCAUUGCCGCAGGCCUCCAUACAGCUAUCAAGGAAUGCAAAUGGCAGUUUCGUAACCGUCGCUGGAACUGUCCGACCACCCACAGCCCCAAUGUCUUUGGCAAAAUUGUCAAUCGUGGUUGCCGCGAGACUGCGUUUGUGUUUGCUAUCACAAGUGCAGGCAUCACACACGCUGUGGCUCGUUCCUGCUCCGAGGGAGCAAUUGAGUCCUGCACCUGUGACUACCGGCGCCGAGGUCCUGGAGGGCCAGACUGGCACUGGGGAGGCUGCAGCGACAAUGUGGAAUUUGGCAGGAUGUUUGGACGAGAGUUUGUGGAUUCCAGCGAGAAGGGCAGAGAUCUUCGCUAUCUGACCAACCUGCACAACAAUGAGGCAGGGAGAACUACAGUUGCAUCAGAGAUGCAGCAGGAGUGCAAAUGUCACGGGAUGUCUGGGUCUUGCACUGUGCGAACCUGCUGGAUGAGGCUUCCGAGCUUUCGUAUGGUGGGAGACUUUCUGAAGGACCGCUUUGAUGGCGCAUCCCGAGUGGUGUAUGCCAACAAGGGCAGCAAUCGUGCCUCUCAUCGAGCCGACCCCCGCCACCUGGAGCCAGAAAAUGCAGCACACAAGCUCCCUUCCGUUCGGGACCUGGUCUACUUUGAAAAGUCGCCCAACUUCUGUUCCUAUAACGGAAAAACAGGCACGCACGGCACAUCGGGACGCACCUGUAACAGUUCAUCUCCUGCACUGGACGGAUGCGAGCUGCUGUGCUGCGGACGGGGAUACAAAACUCGAACCGAGCAGGUGACAGAAAGAUGCCAUUGUACUUUCCACUGGUGUUGUCACGUGAGCUGCCUCAAUUGCACCAGUACACAGACUGUCCAUCAGUGUCUAUGAGGAGAAGAAAGUGAGAAAAAAGGACUGGAGGUUUUAUAAGAGAGAAUGAACAGGUGUUAAAGGGAUAGUUUAUGCAAAAAUUAUAUUCUUUUAUUAUUUGCUCACCCUAAUCACAUUUCAAUCCAUACGAAGUCUGUAGAACAUGCAUUUUAGUUUACACACUGAAAUAAGGACUGAGGCUGUCAAUCCUUAAAGGAACAGUUCACCCAAAAAUGAGAAUUCUUGCAUCAUUUAUUCACCUUGACGUCAUGUCAAACCUAUAUGACUUUAUUUCUUCUGCAGAUGACAAAAGAAGACAUUUUGAAGAAUGUUUAUACCCAAACAACACUGGGUCCCUUUGGGUCUCAUUGUAUUAACAAGACACAUUUUCUAAAUAUCUUCUUUUGUGUUCCACAGAAGAAAAAGUCACACACACAGUUUGAAUGACAUGAGAAUGAAUAACAGAAUUGAAUUUUUUGGGUGAACUAUCCCUUUUACAGUCUUUUUUCAAAGAAUAUGAGGGUGAGACAUACAUGACGACAGAUUUUUUUCUUUUUAGAAGUGAACUAUCUAUCAGUGUUCGACCAAACUCAACACAACUGUUGGUUGAAUAAGCAAGUACAUUCAACGUGUUAACUACUGAGAAAAGUUUUUAGGAGGCCCUCUUCGAACAUUGCUGCGCAUGUGUAAAACUGUCAGCUGAUGGUAGGCGUUUAAAAAACAUGGUCGUGUGACAUUUUACCAAACUUUUACUACACUUGGCUUCAAUCUGGAAAUGUGAACUACUAUGCAUAAAGCGGCACUAUGCAUAGUAAAGUCUAAGUCUAAAAAUACUUUGAAAUGAGGGUACCACUAGUCUUGAGGUUCUACAAGCUCUUACACUUUUUUUUGAUAGCCUACUUUGAGGCACAUAGAAGCUAGAAAGUUUUAUAUUGGACCCAGUGCACACAGUCAUACUGGACACAAUUUGACAGAUGUUCCUGUGGUCAAGGAACCACAAGCAUGCUCUCUCAUAAACCAUGCAGUUCAAAACUCUAACAAGAGGGCGGUUCUUUAAAAUAUUUGAGCAUUUUGUUUUCUUUAGCUGAAGUCCUACUCAUCUCACAUAAAACUGUGUAAAGUGCUUCUCAAGGGACGGGGCUUCCUUUUCCGAUUACUAUGUAGCGGAAUCCCGAACUCAGCCCAACCUCUCGUGAUUUCCCAUUCGGAUCGUCCACGCUUCCCGUCAUGGCUUCGAGUCUCUUGCCAUUUUUAAUGCCAUUUAUUAUUACGUGGUAUACCAUGUUAUUGUAAUUAUGGAAAAUAAUUGGGUAGAGAAAAUUCACAUUGACCCGAGAUUGACAGAUUGACCCGAGAUUGACCUUGAUUAAAUGUUCUGUCUGUACAUAAUGACAAAUGUUUGCCGAUUUGGCCCUGACAACUUCGGAAGUUGUCCGACACAGACCUACACUGUAAAAAGAACAUAAAAAGUGUGUAAAGAUAAUCCUGUAAAAGCUCUGCUACCUAGUUUACAGUGGACAAACGGUUCACAUUUAUGGUUUUGAAAGAGCCACAAUUAUGAAAACUGUAUUUUGUAUAUCAGCUAACAUGACCAAAAUGUUGUAAAUAUUCUAAAUAGAUAUGAUCUAUAUAUUUAUGCUUAUGCUACUUGCAAUGUGAGAUGAUGAAAUCUGAAACUGGGUAAAAACACUAUCAAUAUUGUGAUAUCUGGAGUCAUUUCAGCCAGUUGUGACAUCACAGCUGGAUGAAACGUAAAUGAUCAAAACAGGGCCAUAUGCAUCUUAGAGACAAAAUGUACAGUUUUUGUCAAACCUUUCCUUGUCUCUUGACAUUUGUUUUAAAUGCACUGAUUACCAUCUUUAUAUUGUGAAUGAAAAGUAUUUAUUAUUGUA